AUGGACUCAUCGGAUGAUGAAUGGAUCGCUGCUGUUACAAAAUCGGCAAAAAUUCUUCGGAGAAAAAAGCAAACAGAGCCAAGGCGGCGAUCACUCGGCGACCUCGAUAAAGACAAAAUUGACAAAAAGAAGAGGACUCCCGAACCAAAGCAGAAACUCAAUUUCGACGUGGAGUUGAGCUCUGACGAGGAAAUUGAGAUCAAUGUUCCAACAAGAUUCAGAACCCCAGCGAAGAAACAAGUUGAAGAGAAAGUCUCCGAUGAUGAAAAAAAUUUUGAGCUUCCGAAGCCAAAAAAUACAUCUGAAACUAAGAAGACGUCAGAUACCGACAGUGAAGUAGAUGAGCUAGAAGCAUUCUUUACGAAAAUGAAAACGCCGUCACGGUCUCUUCGUCCUGUAUCGCCAGAAGACGAGUUGGAAGACUUCAUCGUAUCAGAUAGCGAGGACGUAGGGGGAGAGGAAAUAUCCCAUCGAGCAACGAUAAACUUCAAUGAAACGACGAUCUUGAACCCUGAGCCAGUUUACACUGAUGAUGAAGACAACAAAGAGAACUUUGAAGACUCGAUCAUGGAAGUCCCAACUCCUUCCGAUCCAUUUUCUGACUCUUCCGACAAAUUUAUGAAAAAUAUCAGAGAAUCAGCCAAAAAGAGUCGCAAGAAAAAAGAACAUAAAUUACCGAAAUUCACAGCGGGCGUAACUCCAGACAGUAUACGGAAAAUAAUGAAGACCAAUGUCCGUAACGAGCGAUUAAACUCGCCCAAAACACCAAAGUCAAAAGCAGACAGAUUGAUGGACAAACAGCUAUACCGGGAUUUCUCUCCUAGAAAAACUCCGAGUAAAGUGUACACGACGCCCGUGAAGACGCCAACGAUUAAAAAAUCAGAAACGACCCCCUGCGGCUUCGAUCAAUGCAUCCUUUAUGAUGUCGACCAGUGGUCGUCCAAGCGCUUGAAAGACAAUUUGACUGAACUAAUAGAAGAGAUUUACGAAACUAUCAAUCGCACGAUUUUCGGACUAAAGCUUCCAGUAAACGUAAAGCAUCAGGGCGAGAAUGUUUUUACGAGCAAGGACGGUCUCAUGACAAUCGUCUGGAACAAGCAUUUGAGGUCCACCGCGGGGCGAUGCCGUUCCGGAGUCGACAAAUCGUCCGCAAAAAAGAAGUGCUCAGUUGAGCUAGCUCCCCAUAUUCUCGACACAGCACCUAGAAUCAGAGAUACACUUUUGCACGAGCUUAUACAUGCAGCAAACUGGAUAAUUGAUGAAGAUCCUCUUGCUGGGCACGGGCCAAAGUUCCGCGCUUGGGGUUUCAAAUCGCUCAAAACGCAUCCAGAGAUUCCACCUGUGAAAACGACUCAUUCCUAUCAGAUCAAUUACAAGUAUUGGUGGGAGUGCGAAAACAUGGAAAGAGGCACUUGCACCGUCAAAAUCGGCCGAAAGACGAAUUCACUCAAGCUUGACCGCGUCCGCUGCGCCAAAUGCGGGGGCAACUUUGUUUACGUUAGGUUCAAGUACCAUCAAAAAGAGAAAAGACUCAAAGUUUAA